AUGUUUUCGUCAUCGCAAUCGACGGCGGUGCAGCUGGUGGACAAGGCGACGAGCGACCUGCUGGCGAGCCCUGAUUGGACGCUCAACAUGCAGCUGUGCGACCUGCUCAACGCCAGCUCCGGACAAGUGAAGGAUGUGGUGAAGGCAGUGAGGAAGCGCAUCGGCAGCAAGAACAGGAAGACGCAGCUCCUCGCGCUCACUCUCCUGGAAACGCUGAUAAAGAACUGCACGGCGUAUGUGCACCGCAUAGUGGCGGAGAAAGACGUGCCGGCAGAGAUGGCCAAGAUCGCCCGCAAGAAGUGCGACGAGGAGGUGCGAGUGCGCAUCUUAGAGCUACUGGACGUGUGGCAGGAGGCGUUUGGAGGGGCAGGCGGACGACCGGUGCAGUUCUUUCUGGCGUAUGACGAGCUCAAGCUCAUGCCACACCCAACCUGUCAACUUCCUCUUCCCCCUCACCCCAUCACCCCACCACCACCGGUCACCCCCUGCUCGCAGCGCAUGGGCAUGCCCUUCCCCCCCCGCGACCCCAACCGAGUGGUACCGGUCUUCACGCCCCCAACUCCUCAACUUCCUCUUUCCCGUCUCCCCACCCCCCCACCACCUCCCUCCCUUCCAUGCAUGCAGCGCAUGGGCAUGCCCUUCCCUCCUCGUGACCCCAACCGAGUGGUACCGGUCUUCACCCCGCCCCAGACGCAACCCACAGCCGCGCCCUUCAGCCACGCCCCUCCCCAGAUGUACCCUCCCCAGUCGUACCCUCCCCAUCCGUACACGUCCCGGGGCUAUGAUGGGCGGCCUGUGGUGAUGGGGUACCCUGCGGGGAGUGGGGGCAGGGGGCGCGGGGAGGGGGGAGGAGGAGAUCCCUCCGCAUGUGCUGCAGGCAACGACUGCCACCGCAAUGACGUGAGUGCUGGCAGGGGAGUGAUGGGUUGGGAAGUGCUGGGGUGGGUGGGGAGUGCUGGGCUGGGGAGUGGAGUGGGCGGCAGCCCUAGGGAAUGCGCGCAGCACAGUGGAGUGGACCUGCUGGGGGAGAUGCUGACGGCGGCAGACCUGGUGAAUGCGCGCAGCACAGUGGACCUGCUGGGGGAGAUGCUCGCAACGGUGGAUGCCAAUAACCCUGCGGCGGCCAGUGACGAGGUGAUAAGCGACCUGGUGGAGCAGACCCGCACGCUGCAGCAGCAGCUCACAGCCGCUCUCAACACGUCCACCGACGAGCAGUUUCUCUUCCAGGGCCUGGCGCUGAACGACGACAUGCAGAAGCACCUCGACCGCCAGAGCGCCCUGCUUGCCUCCUCGCUGCACCGCGGGGGAGACGGCCGCCACAGCGACAGCAGCAGUGGCGGCGCCUCUCCUCCCCGCCCGGGGGCCUACCAGCCCUAUCCCGGUCAGAAUGAGGGUCAGGGCGGGGGUGGAGUGGUGAACCGCGGGCAGCAGUAUGAUGAUUGGGCAGCAGGGGUGACGGCUGGGCUGCCCUUGGCUCGAUUUGAGAGCGACCAGACGGAGGAGGAGAAUGCGGAUGGAGGGCUGCGAAGGACCCACGGAGCACAGGCCUCUGCCUCCACUGCUGCUGCUGCUGCUGCUGCUGCUGCUGCUGCUGCUGCUACUGUUAAUGCAGGCCCGUCCUCUUCCCAACCAGCACAGACACAGACCGCCUCAGCAGGUCAAGCAAGUCAAGCAGGGCAGCCCCCACAGCAAUCUCUGGUGGCAGCACGAGCUGCAGCUGCUGCUGCAGCAGCAGCACCUGCCACGGCCGUCCCUCCUCCCACCCAGGACCUGCUCAGCCUCGACCUUGUUUCAAUCGCCCCUCCUCCCCAACCCCACCCCCCCACCUUCGCUUCCAAUGCUCCUGCCGCCUCCUCUUCUCCCUUUGACUCGCCUUUUGACGAGCCGCCGUUCCAAGCCACUGCUGCCCCUGGCCCCGCUGCUGGUGCUGUUGCUCCGUAUGCGCUCAACUCCUCCUUCCAGCAACCGCAGUACCAACAGCAACUGCAGUAUCAGCAGCAGCCACAGCAAGGGUAUGGUGGCGCGGGGGGGUAUGGCGGCAUGGGAGGUGGCAUGGGAGGAGGUAUGGGUGGUGGGAUGGGUGGUGGGAUGGGUGCGGGUGUGGGUGGGGGCAUGGGUGGUGCAUAUGGGUCAGGUACAGUAGUACCAGGAGGCCCGAACCAGCCUGCUUCGUACGUGGUGCCCUGGGCUCGUGUUGCUCAAAGUGCCAGCCCCCAGCAACAGCAUAAUAACCAGCAGCAAAACUACCAGCAGCAGCAGCAGCAGCAGCAGCAGCAGCAGCAGCAGCAGCAGCAGCAGCAGCAGCAGAGUCCAGGGGGGGCUGCUUUGAGUCCGCAGCAGCAGGCGAUGCUGUUCGGUGGUAACCCACCCCCCAUGAACCUAUCACAGCAGGGAGGAGCGCCCUCGGGUGGAGGGAUGGGUAUGGGGGGCUCGAGCACGUAUGGGCCGAACCCCACUUACCCCUACCACCAACAGCAGCAGCAGCAGCAGCAGCAGCAGCAGAGGAGGCCCGGGGAAGUCGUGACAGGCCCUGCUGCUGAUUACGUGCAUGGGCAGGUGUUUAGAGGCACAGGGUAG